CACUUCCUCUUCCACCCACCGUCCCCACUGCGCUAACCUCAGAUUGGUGAGCACCAACAGGUGUCUGCCCCACAGGCUUCCCAGUGCAAACACAUUCCGCCCUCUCGUCACUCCCAGCACACGCACCCACUCAGGCCGAGGUUUCACCCAAGGAGCCAGGGCCGCACAGAGACGAAGGGGCAGGAGAGAGAGCUGCUGGCUGAACGGCUUGUGCUUCCGGAGGUGCCAACUAUCUGCAAUCCGACCGGAGGUGUGCAAGUGUUUGCCUGCGGCGCAAAGGUGCUUUAGGAGACGCUCAUCCAUCUGGCUUCCAGGUGAAGGUGUGAAGGGAGGACUAAAGCAAAGAGAGGAGCCUUUGAUUGGCACAAAGUGCAAAAGAUGUCAUGACUCUCUUCACCGGACAAAUGAAGAUGAACAUAAAUGUGAGGAUGAACACGCUUCUAAUCAUAUGCGGCUGCCUUUGCCUCUCUUUAACAGGAGCCUCAGAAACGGAGCGAAGGCUCCAUCAGAAGAUAUUUCAGAACUACAACAUGAAAGUCAGACCGGCUCGUUACUGGGAAGAGAAGGUGAUGGUUCGGGUGGGGAUGACCCUCUCCCAGCUGGUCAGCUUGAAUGAGAAGAAUGAGGAAAUGACAACCAACGUGUUCAUGAAUCUGGCGUGGACAGACUACCGGUUGUCAUGGAACCCAGCAGAAUAUGACAACAUUGAUGUUUUGAGAAUUCCUCCCAACAAGGUGUGGCGUCCCGACAUCUACCUCAUAAACAAUAAUGACGGUCAGUUUGACGUGGCUCUGUAUGUCAACGUCUUGGUUUACAGCGAUGGGACGGUCAACUGGCUCCCACCAGCCAUCUACCGAAGCUCCUGCUCUAUAGAGGUGGCGUAUUUCCCAUUUGACUGGCAAAACUGCAGUAUGGUUUUCCGCUCGUACACCUACGAUGCCUCUGAGGUCGACCUGCAGUACUUUCUAGAUGACGAUGGCAAAGAGAUCCAGGAGAUUGUUAUAGAUGAGAACGCUUUCACUGAGAACGGAGAAUGGGCCAUAUGCCACAAACCAUCACGGAAGAACGUCAAGGAGGACCUGUACGAGGACAUCACCUUCUAUCUCAUCAUACAGAGGAAGCCUCUUUUCUACAUCAUCAACAUCAUCGUGCCCUGCAUCCUCACCAGCGUGUUGGCUAUAUUUGUCUUCUACCUGCCUCCCGGAGCGGGGGAGAAGAUGACUCUCUCCAUUUCUGUCCUCAUCGCUCUGACUGUCUUCAUGCUGCUGCUGGCUGACAAGGUCCCUGAGACGUCCCUCGGCAUCCCAAUUAUUGUCAACUACGUCAUGUUCACCAUGAUCCUGGUCACGUUCUCCGUCAUCCUGAGCGUCGUCGUCCUCAACCUUCACCACCGGACGCCCAGCACGCACAUCAUGCCAAACUGGGUUCGAAAGGUGUUUAUUCACUUCCUUCCCAAAUACAUCGGCAUGAUGAGGCCGAACCCAGAGGAGCCUAUGUUGAAGGAGGACUCUAGUGAGGACACACCCAUCCGAAGCUACAAUGGACGACAACCUGGAGGAGAAUACUUCUUUCGCAAGAUCAACCCUGAUCUUGUCAUACCUUGGAGAGGAAGGUGUGAGAGCACAGUGCAGCUCCAGCGGCUCCCCAACACCGACAGCUUCUGCCUGAUCCUCCCUCCCAACCUGAAGUCAGCCAUCGCCGCUGUGACAUACAUGGCCGAGCAGCUGAAGAAGCAGGACACGGACGACACGAUGACAGGAGACUGGCAGUACAUCGCCCUGGUGGUGGACCGUCUCUUCUUGUGGUUGUUUGUCAUCAUCACCACUCUGGGAACCCUCGCCAUGUUCUUGGACGCCAGUUUCAAUUACACACCUGACAACCCUUUCCCAUAGCGGACAACACACACACACACACACACACACACAGCUUGGCACAUGGUGUGGUUGACACUUUACUUCUUCUCGGUGCUUCACCAGAUCUGACUUUCCAUGAACAACUAUUCCGUAUGUCGGUAGUAAUGUUUUGUAACGUCACAUUUGUAUGAAGAGUAGAAGCAUGCCCACAGGCCUGACACACCGCUGACAUGCUCACACAAUCCAUGUAUGUAGGUUUAAAGGAUAGGACACUCCGUGGUUUUGCAUUACUUUCAUCUAAAUAAUCUAACACAUUUUGAUCUUCGUUGUUUGAGUCUAAAGACUUGAAAUACAUGUUUCUCAAAAGUG